AUGUUAUUAGAUGGUUUUUCUUUCUUCACGAAUUAUAACUGUUUUCAAAUUUCAGCAAAGUCGGCGGGAACACGUAUUAAUAUUGAAGAUAAUCCCGCACAUAAUGGAGAACAAAUAUCAUUAGUAUCUGUAUCUCCUAAUGAUCCUGAUGUGACUGUUUAUAAAUUACCAGAUGAUGAAUUACCAGAAGAUGACAAAUCAAGUAAAAUUAAAGUUAAUGAUGAUAAAUUA